AUGGUCGUGCACUCGCCUGUCCCCGGCAGCUACACUGUGCGCUACGCCGCGACCAACCACCGCGACGAGCCGCACGUCCUCGUCAUCACGCGCGGGUUCGGCGACGGCGACGAGGCGCGCUGGCCCGAGCAAGGCCCCGACAUGAGCCUGCUCGGGCAGGACAACGACAAGCAGCAGCAGUGGAGGAGGACGGCGGCCGAGGUGAUCGCAAAGGACCUCGGGCUCAUGGACGAGACGCACCAGCACUGGAUCCUCGACGAGCUCCCGACCGGCUACGGCCUGUUCCAGCAGAUCACGCACCCCAAGGACGCGCCGGCUGGUUCCUCCGGCGGCGCCGGCAAGAGCAAGCUCCGUCUCGACCGCUUCAUCUUCGGCCACAACAGCAAGAAGAUCCGCUCGGCCCUGUCGCUCGGCAAGCACAUCAGCAACCAGGUCUUUGGCGCGCGCAGCACGUGCCACUGCGACGGUUGCAAGGUGACGCAGCCCAAGGCGUCGGCGUCGUCCAUGGCCGACAUCGGCGCGCCGCUGCGCAUGGCGCCGCGCAAGCGCAAGCGCACUGGCGAGUACGCCGAGAUCGCCGGCUACGCGUCGCGCGCCGACACCGGCGAGCCCGAGGGCAGCACCGCCGCCGCUACUACAGCAGCCGGCGGCGACGACGACGGCGCGUCGACCGGGACGGGCACCGAGCGCGAGGGCAGCGUCGCCGCGAGCGGCGACUCGCCCGACAAGCGGCCGGCGCGCAAGGUGCGCAAGAGCGCCGCCGGCGCCCGCAAGCGCUUUGCGGCGAGCGGCGAGGACGGCGACGACUACGGCGAGGGCGCGGCGGGCGAGGAGUCGGACUACGAGGAGCCGUCGUUCACGUCGACCGACUACUCGCGCGUCGGCGCGCGCACGUCGUCCGGGCGCAGGACCAAGCCGUCCGAGCGGCUCCUGUCGGGCAUGCAGCAGGAGGCGCGGGUCCAGGCGCUCACGUCGGUCGUCAAGGACGCGGGCGUCGUCGACGAGUUUGGCGAGAACAUGGCGCCGGCCGGCAAGGACGUCGUCGUCCCGUCGUCGCUCGUCUCGCCCGCUCAGGUCGCCGAGGACCUCGCGCACCCGACGCUGUCGCGCGUCGGCGAGCUCGUGUGGGUGCGCGUUCCGCUCGGCCCGCCGCCGUCCGGCGCCCCCGAGACGGCGCAGCUCUCGCGCUGGCCCGGCAUCGUCCGCUCGCGCGUCGUCACGCCCGCCGCAUCCGGCGUCCCGAGGGACGAGGUGUACCGCGUCGAGCUACUCGGCAUGUCGCAGCAGGACGUGCUCGAGGGCGUCCGCAGCGAGAACGUGACGCCCUGGACCGGCUACGUCCCGUCCAACACGGCGUGGCUCGACCAGAACCCGCUCGUCGACGAUGGGCUCCGAGCCGGGCAGGAGAAGAAGCGGUGGGCCGAGAUCCAGGCCGAGGGCUGGCUCGGCGUCGCCAACGCGUUCAGGAAGGCGCAGCGCAUCGGCAAGGCGUACGCCGCCAUCCAGAUCCGCCCGAUCCCGACCCUCGUCACCGGCGCCCACCUCGCGAGCAAGCCGACGGUCCCGCCAACCUCGCUCGCCGCUCUCGAGCGCAAAGGGCCCGAGUCGCGUUACCUGUCGCACUCGCACGUCAUCUACGGCCCCGAGCUCAUUCACGUCGGCGACUACGUCCGCCUAUGCCCGUACGCAGAGCUCGACCCGUCCAUCGUCGCCUCGCGCACGCCGCACGACGCGAGCGCCCGCCUUCUGCCCCUCACGCUCGUCAUGCGCGUCUCGGCGCUGUAUCGCGGCGGCAAGGGCUCGCCUCUCGUCGCACGAGGGCACGUCUUUGAGCACAAGCCCGUCCCGGGCGAGCGCGACGCCGCGCUCGAGCCUCCUCGCGACGAGUCGCUCCAGGCCCUGCCUCGCGCCAUCGUCGACACCCUCCCUCUUCCGUUCCCCUUCCACACGUGGCGCCUCCUCGCUCCCGCCGCCACCGAGCCCGGGUCGGCGCUCGAGACGGACGUGCUCGUCAGCCAGGCCGUCGCCGGACGGUACUACCCGCUCGGGCUUGCGGCCAUGGACCCGCCGCCGAGCCGGGACGAGACGACCAAGGUCAUCAACGCGUGGCUGGAGGAGGCGAGCAAUGGCCUCGGCGUAUGGCAGGACGGCCGGGGCGCCAAGGGCGGCAAGGGUGAGGAGGGCAUCAAGGCGCUCACGCUCCUCCUGAGCGGUGUCGCGGCGGGAGAACGGGCUCCGAGGAUCGUCGCGUCGAAGCAUCUCGCGGGCAGCCGGGUCGAGCAGUACAUCGUCGCCGAGGAGCAAGCCCUUGGCCGCCCCCACAAGCUCGGAGAAGCCGCACUCGGCGCCGAGGAUCGUCGUCCGGGCGACAAGCAGGUCAUCGAGCCCGCCGCCGCUGCCGCUGUCGAGCCCGCGCCAACAUCUGCGCCCGCACCGGCGCCUGCAUCCGCACCCGCGCCCGCACCUGCACCGGCGUCUGCAUCCGCACCCGCACCCGCACCCGCACCGGCGCCCAAGCCUGCGUCCACGCCCAAAGCUGCGCCAGCCAAGCCUGCAGCCUCGACCGCGACCGCGCCCUGGCCCGCGCCCGCGCCUAAGCCCAAGCUCGUAGCGUCGGCUGCGCCCGUCAAGGCGACGACCGACCGUACGGCCAAGGGCAAGAGCAGGGCGUCGCGCGAGGUGGCGCAGCUGAUCGAGGACGAGGAGAGGAGGACCGAGGCGGCGAAGCAGGCCAGGGAGCGGGAGAGGGAGAAGCGCAGGAGGGAGGGCAAGCUCGCCCACUUCGCCGCCAUGUUCGCCUUCCCGAUCCACCACCCUCGGCCGUCCGUCCACUCGACGUCGACCACGACCGCGCGCACCCAGUACGAGCGCGAGCUCGAGCGCCUCGCGUUCCUCACGCAGCAGCACGAGCAGCAGCGCCGCCGCGCCGAGGCCGCCGCUCGCCAGGCCGCGCUCGCCGCCUACGUCGAGGAGCAGGAGCGUCGUCACCGCGAGGAGGCGUUCGAGCGCGCUGUUCAGCAAGAAGUCGAGCGCCGUCGCCACCUCCAGCAGGCGCUCGAGCACCGCGCCGCCCUCGCCCGCCGCGCCCAGGAGGAGCGCGACGCCGCCCUGUACCGCCAGGCUGUUGUCGAGGCGGCUCAGCGUCGCGCUGCCUUCGUCGCCCGCGAGCAGCACCGCCGCCGCGUCGAGGCCGAGCAGGACCAGCGCCGUCGCAUCGUCGAGGCGAGGCGGCAGCAGCGCGCCCGCCAGAGCGACUUUCCGCAGUCGCUCGUCCAGCUGUUCCUCGACCUCGCCAACUCGGCGGCGCACGACGAGCCGGAGCAGCAGGCCGUGGCCCCGCCCGCUCCCGUCGUCGGCAACGAGGCCGCCUCGUCCUCGUCCCCAGCGCCCUCGUCCGCCGCCCACGCCGAGCCCGCCCUCCCCGACCCGGCCGUCGAGGCCCUCCAGAAGCGCUUCGAGCGUGACGCCGCCCGUCAGGCCGCCCUCGAUACCCUGAACGCCCUCUCGACCGAGUUCGACUCGCGCCUCUCGUCCUUCACCUCGCCCUCGGCCCUCACCUUCCAGUCGCCGCCCUCUCCCACUUCGACCUCGUCGACGCCGCCUCUCGCGUUCGGCAAGCCGAAUGCCGCUUUCCUCGGGCACGAGGACUUUCUCGUGUCGCUCCUGAGCAAGGUCGACGCCGUGUCGUCCGGCGGCGACAAGGUCAUCAAGCAGGCGCGCAAGGCGCUCGUCAAGCGCGUCGAGGUCGAGCUCGCCAAGCUCGACGAGCUCAAGGAACACGAGUGGGAGCGCCAGAGCCAGCAGGCGGCGAGCGAGGCGGGCGAGGGGUCCGAGCGCGCGCACGACGACUCUACGGCUGCAGCAGCUCCUGCACGUUCCGCCGACACCGCCGUCGCCGAGCCUGAAUCCGCCACGGUCGAGCCCGCCACCGCCUCUUCCUCUUCUUCCCCGACGCGCGACAACUCGACCCUGGCACCCGUCGACGCUCCUGUCGACCAGUCGAUCCGCCUGACCGCCGAAUCGCUCGCGUCCCUCCCGACCGGCACCGCCGACCCCAACCCGACCACCUCUCGCCCUUGUUCUCGCGCCUCGACCACCUCUCUCGCGUCCGACACGUCGUCGGCCGUCGAUCGGUACGUCGCCGAGAUGCUGCGGCGCGCCAAGGACCUCGCCGACCGCAUCGACGCCGAGGAGGAGGCCGAGAAGGCGGCGUCGGCUUCGACGCCGACGAGCGGCGCGUCGGGCUCGCCCGCUGAGGCGAUUUCGGCGCCUCCUGCCGCCGCAGAAGCUGUCGAGUCCGGCGCCCAGGACGGGCAGGCGCCGGCCAAGGCGCCCUCGUCCGCGCCCGUCGCGACUGAGCCGCUCGAGGACGGCGUCGACGAGGAGAUCGACGUCGAGGCGACGCUCCGGCUCAAGCGCAGCUCGCCGGCCACCGCCGAGCCCCGCACUUCGGACGUCUCGGCAAAGGAGGAGGAGCGCGCCGUGCGCAAGGAGGCGGUCGAGGAGCACGAGGCCGACGACGUCGCGAGCGAGGCGGGCACGGAGGAGUUUCUCGUCGUCUAGCCGGCUCUUUCGCCGCUGUAGCACUAUCUCUCACCUUUUCUAGCAGUCUUAAUCUUCGCAACUCGAGCAGUCUUGUCGUC